AUGUACGGCAUGAUCCAGCUGGCCCGCAUGGCCGCGAGCAGUCGGCCCGACGCCCAGAUCUGCGCGCUCACGUGGACGGACUCGGGCGGCAUGGACCUGCGCAGCUUCCUGGGGGACGUGGUCGGCAUCAAGUGGCACUCCCUCGUCGACGAGAAGGACAGCUGUGCGAGCGGGCUGCGGUAUCAUGCCGGCUACAGGACUCACCUCAUGGGCGCGCAGCAGUCCUAUUUGGAUCAGUUCGGACAGGACCAGAACAUGAUUCGCUCUUAUUCCAUCAACCUCGACGUGAACUUGAAUUGGAUGCAGCGCGACUUCUCCGCAUUUGUUGAAAAGGACGGUGAUUUUUCGCCGCAGUUCGUCAUAAUCCAUCGCAGGCAAGCUCCUGGGUCGAGCACGCGUUUAUUUCACGACGCCGAUUUGGACAAGUUGAAGGACUCGAUGAGUGGUACGAAAUUGGGCAAGGUAGAACUGCCACUGACAGUGUAUUACGGCAACGAAAGCGUCGCAGACACCGUGAGAAUGUUCACCCGGGCCGCGGAGAUCAUUGGCUACCACGGCGCAGCGAUGGCCAACACUUUGUUUUCGGCCCGAAGGCAUUGCGUGCACCACAUCUCGACAUUCAAAGAUUUGCAAAGUCAGGUGCACUGGCGCGUCAACGAUGACGUGGCCAGGAUGAACAAGCUGGGUAGUUUCAACGUCUACGAUAUCCCAUUGAUCGAUCUCCUCGACGAUAACAGCGUGGACGUUGAGGACUACGAGAAAGUAGACGAUAAAGAUCAUUUCAUCAAGGAUCUACGUUGGGUACCGCUCCCAGAUUACCACAUUGCACACUUACAAGUUGCUGUGGGUUAUUGUCUGAAGACCUGGGUUGAGGGCCACUGGUAG